AUGUCGAUCACAACAACGGAGAAGCAAACUUCAUUUGCUCAGACCCUCAUACAAGAGAAGAUAUUCAUUCCGCCAAGCGCUCCGAGAGCCAGCUCUCUCCCAUGGCUUCCACCAUCCUGGGUGCCGUAUGGUGAACUCGCGCGGUUGCACAAGCCUGCCGGCAUUCUUUACAUUUAUUUCCCCUAUCUGUUUGGCAGCCUCUUCGCAGCCUGUAUCAGCGCUGAAGUGCCGUCACCAAGGCAAAUGGUCUUGCCCAACGUACUGCUUCUCAGUAUUGCUUUCGUUAUCCGGAGCAUUGGCUGUACAUGGAAUGACUACGUGGACCGAGACUUAGACAAGCACGUGGACCGGUGCCAUGUUCGCCCUCUUGCCCGUGGUGCUGUUGCCCCGUCCGCCGCCCUUCUUUUCAUGAUGGCUCAGUACUUCGUUUUGUUCGCCUUUGCUGGCGUCACUGCGCCUGAAUCAUUACCCUAUCUCAUUCCUGUCGUGCUCACGGGUACUUUUUAUCCGUAUGCGAAGAGGAUCACCCAUUACGCUCAACUUGUCCUGGGCAUUUCGCUCUCUAUGGGCACCCUUGUGGGGUGUACCGUGACAGGAGUGGGUGCUAUUGAUUUCAGUAGCCCAUUUCAGAGGACUGGCAUCUCCCUGUUAGCUCUGAUGGCGAGCUACGUUGUCUGGACCAUGAUCUACGACACAAUCUACGCAUUGCAAGAUCUCGAGUCCGACAAGAAGAUCGGAAACAUGGCAAUGAGCAUCAAAUUCGAGGAGAACAUGGCUCAACUACUGUACUUCCUUUCAGUAGUCAUGGUUGUUCUGCUCAUUACGACAGGAUAUUUCAUGAACGCUUCUGCAUUUUUCUACGUAUUUGUGGCAGUCACAGGCUUGAUCCUAUAUGCCAUGGUGUCAAGCAUAAACUUGGAUGAUUCUAAGGAUUGUUGGUGGUGGUUCGUGAAGGGUGGUUUGAUGAUUAGCAGCAGCCUCACAGGCAUGUUGAUGGUAGAAUACCUUGCACGGGCGUUCUUGUAA